AUGGCAUCACAACCACCAAGUACGAACCCUUCUAGAGUGAUACCUUUGACGUGCUCCGGACACACUCGUCCGGUAGUGCAUUUACAAUUCUCACCCAUUACUGAUGGCACUUAUUACUUAAUAAGUGCAUGCAAAGAUGGGAACCCGAUGCUUAGAGACGGACCAACUGGCGAUUGGAUAGGUACUUUCUUAGGACAUAAGGGUGCUGUGUGGAGUGCUAAAUUGAGCAAGGAUGCCUCGAAAGCUAUCACGGCCUCAGCUGAUUUUACAGCAAAAUUAUGGGAUACUUACACUGGCGAAGCGCUUCAUUCGUUCACGCAUGGUCACAUUGUGCGUUCGGCAGAUAUUUCAGGUGAUGGAACGCGCAUUGUGUCAGGUGGACAAGAAAAAAAGUUGAGGAUAUACGAUUUGAACAAACCAGAAGAACCAAUUGCAGAGACAGAAGGUCAUGAAUCUACAAUUAAAAGUGUUAUUUGGGAUAGUGAAAGAAAUGUUGUAUUGAGUGCCGGCGAUGACAAGGAAAUCCGUGUUUGGGAUCUUCGCAGUUUCAGUGAAGUCAAUAGUUUCAAAACAGAAUAUCCUAUUACCAGUAUGGAACUUUCUGCAGAUGGAAAGUACAUCACGAGUACAGCUGGAAAGGUGGUCCAUUUUUUGGACGCGUCAACUUAUCAGGUUUCCAAAUCUAUCCCAACAGCAUAUGAUGUUUCAUCAGUUUCUUUACAUACUGAUCACAAGAGGUUUGUAGCAGGUGGAGAUUUGUGGGUGAGAAUAUAUGAUUUUGAAAGUGGCAAAGAACUUGCAACUUUAUGCAAUGCAGAGGUUUACAAAGGUCAUCAUGGACCCAUUCAUACAGUAAGCUAUAGUCCUGACGGAGAAAUUUAUGCCACUGGCUCAGAGGACGGGACCAUAAGGUUGUGGCAGACAACACCUGGAAAGAGUUAUGGUCUUUGGCAAAAUAAAGCUUCGAAAGAUGAAAAGGAAAACGACGUGAAUGGAAUACUUCCGGAAUAA